UUGUGUUUAUUGUCUCAUCUGUUGAAUGUGCAGUCUGCCGCGUUAUUUAACUCCUGUCCUGGAAAACAUCUGGAGUUUUAAGUAGUCUUUUUUUACAGCCGAAGCUGUGUAUUCGCAGCCAUGGCACUUUAAUAGACAAAUUACACAAAGCGGGAGCAGGCCGGCAGGCCCUUUUUGUAUAUCCAUGCGGUAGGAGUUGUUUAUGUGCUGCAGGUAACAGAAGAGCGGUGAGAUGGCCAUCGCCCACGUGGCUACAGAGUACGUGUUCAGCGAUUUCCUGCUGAAGGAGCCGAACCAGGCUCGAUACCGCAACAUCCGAACUGAGCUAGCUGUGGACAAGAUGGUGACCUGUGUGGCGGUGGGCCUGCCCCUCCUCCUCAUCUCUCUGGCCUUCGCUCAAGAAGUUUCAGUUGGUACUCAGAUCAGCUGCUUUGCUCCUACUAACUUCUCUUGGAGGCAGGCUGCGUAUGUGGACUCGUACUGCUGGGCAGCUGUUCAUACACACACUCUACCUCUGUGGCUGCACAAGUUCUUUCCCUACAUUCUGUUGCUCGUGGCGGUGCUCAUGUACACCCCAGCGUUGUUCUGGAGGUUUUCCGCCGCGCCCCUCCUGCAGUCGGACCUGAGCUUCAUAAUGGAAGAGCUGGACAGGUGUUACAACCGUGCUGUCACUCUGGCCAAACGUGUGGCCACUUCAGGACUGAUCACAGACAGCGACUCAACUGAGGACUGUUUUAAUUACCCGCUGGUGGAGAAGUUUCUGAUGACCAAGCGUUGCUCGCGGGUGCUGCUGUUUUAUUACCUCCUGUGUCGUGGCCUGACUCUUGUCACCCUGCUUUGUGCCUGCGUCUACUUGGGCUACUACCUCCGCCUGGCCUCCGUCACAGACGAGUUCGGCUGCAUGCUGCGGGUCGGCCUGCUGGCCUCUGACCCAGGCAUCCCUGACAAGGUGCAGUGUAAGCUCAUCGCGGUGGGAGUCUUCUCUUUGCUGAGCCUUGUCAACUUGGUCUUGUUCAUUGCACUGAUUCCUGUGGUGAUCUAUGCCAGUCUCCGUCCCCUCUUCUGCCAUGGAUACGCCCACUCCCUGGAAACCUACCAAUCACUGCCCACUGUUGGCGUCCUGCCUACUCCCGAUGGCCAAUGGGACGAUCUCUCUCUGUAUCUGCUCUUCCUGGACGAAAACAUCAGUGAACUUAAGUCCUACAAAUACAUCAAGGUGUUGGAGUUGUUGAGGAGAAAAGGUGAAUCCUCCGAAGAAAGCUUUGAUGCUAUGGGUCUGCUGCAGACUCUUUGUCUGGUGAAGAUGGACACCGUGGAUGGGAAGAAACCCUCCAGUGCUGCACGGAAACCUGACGAAGUAAAGACUAAUGCAGCUGAAUCUGCCAGCUGCAACCAUCCAAACUCAGCUACAGAUAACAAGGUGGAAACCGAGAUGAAAGAGCUAACCCCCUUGUUGCCAGGAGACAGCGACGAAGCAGGCAGGAAAAACAAUGAGGGAGGGACUCUCCGGCAGCGAGCAAUGUGAUUGGCUGCUGGCAUGGCAAUGGAGACCUAGACAGAGGAAGGAAAUAACUUCACCACUUUGCACUCACAAUCUAUGACCUUCCUCUCCUGAUGGAGGGAUAGGAGGUGCAGCACCAUCACCGGUAUCAUCAAAGUUCCACCUCAUCCUCUUUGCAUUCAUCAAUGUGGGAUUCACAGAGCUGACAUUUUAGUGCUGCCUUUGCAUGAUGUUUUUGGUUGGACUGACUUUUUUUUUGCCGGGCACAGUGCGAAAUAAAAAGUGAGCAUUUGUUGAUGUUGAACAGUAAAAAUUACGCUGGUACAGAUUUCAGGAAUCAUUGAAUGUGUUGAACCAUUAAGGACUCAUUCAAAUUCAUUUUAGAGUUAACGGUUAAACACCUCAACACUAAAGAGCAGAUAAUGAUUCAACUGUUCGGUCCUGUGAAUUAUGGGAUAUGAUGUCAUCACAUGGAGUGUACAUAUUGGCUUUUUUUUUUUUCUUUUUUUAAUGUCUGAAGAAGAAAACUAACAAAUUAUUUUUAAGGAUUUGUCAGGAUGUGGUACAUAUUUAAAUGUUUAUACAGUUAUCAGGGAUGUGUUUUGACUCAAAACCUGCAUGUUUAAUUAUCUGACUAUUUAAAGUACAAGCAGUGAGUACAGUGAGUAUGCAGUAGAUGUGGUUGCAGUCCACCAUAACAAUUUCAACUUUAACGAAUUCAAGUUGCAUUUGUUGUAGUUGAGUAUCAAACAGUCAUGUGGUUUUCAUCAAAAGGAGAGGUGAUGUAUGUAUUGCCACUGUCAUUGUGGGAGUAAUUUUCUGAGAUUGUCAGUCACAUUUCAAGACAAUGUCUAAGUUGUAAAGGGGAAUACCAGUCAAUGAGGAAUUUAGAGUUCAGUAUUUGGUUCUGUGUGGUCCAGGAAGUGAUGUGAAGGGCAGCUAAAACACAAACCUGUUGGUGAAACAUGUCACAGCACAGUUUUAGGCGUUAAACUCUCUGAUCUCAUGCACAGUUUUUGCAGUUAUUGAAAGGAUGAUAGAAAAAGAACAUGAAUUCCUAAAUUGUCUGGUAUUCAUCCAUAAGAGGAUGUGUCUCAUGUAUGUGGCCCGGAUAGUUCUCUUGUGUAGAUCUGUUAAUUUACAUGUCAAGCUACAGCCAACAGUUGUACAAAUGCAGGAAGCCUUCAUUUAUUAUGACAUUGAUCUAUUUUACAACAAUGGUACAAGGUUUUCAUUGUGUAUAAAUGCAUAAUUUCUCCAGAAUAUCAGUAAUUUAUAAGGAAAUGACAAAUCACAGGUAAAAACUCAAGUAAUACCCUGUUCGGUGCAUAAGGUUUAAACAUUUUGUCAGUGUAUAGAAAGUUUUUCAGAUAUUUCUCAACCUGGAAUGAAAGUUGCUUACUGCUUGCUUUGGAAUCUCAGGGUUAAUCUCACUACAUCAAUGGUGUCAGUGUUUACAUCAGAUUUCUUUUACCUCGAGCUGCUUCCGCUGUCUGUAUAUAUGUACUGCACUAAGUGGGACAUUUUAACACUUGGUCAGGAAAUUGCUGUGGUAAGAUCUCUUAACAUUUGUGUAUGUUUUUUCCAACUUUUCUGCUGUUGCUUAUGAAGGCUAAAUGUUAUUGGGCCUCCAUUUCUGUGCAAUGGGGCACUUUAUUAAUGUAACGUUUGGGAAGAAACUGAGAAAGCUUGUUGUCUUGUGUUGGUAUGAGAAAACCUUUCUACAUUUUUGAAUUUGAAACUCUUGUUGGUCAUGUUUUAGAUAUGAUGGCUGUUAAUGAUCACUUUUAAUAUUGUCUUAUGCAUAAAUGCAGUCGUUAAACAUUACUGUUGAGUUGGA